GCAGAUGUAGUGAAUCUGAUGGUGGAUGAACUUGGUCAUCAGUCUGUGGAGGUGACCAGAGAAGUUUUCAUGCACAUGAACAGAACUGAUCUGGUGCAGAAGUUACCAGAGAGCAGCUCAGCAUCCAGAGAGAAACACUCUGUGGAUGAACAUGGAGCUGCACUGUGGAAGAGAGUAAAAGAACAGGAAGCUGUCAGACAGAUUCUCUUGGAAACACUGAAUGAAUUCAGUCAAAAGGAUCUAAAGAAAUUCAAGCAGUUGCUGCCGUUCACGUGCUUUAAGAUGAGCCUGCCACAAAUGGUGAGGUACUGGUAUACAAACAGGACAGAAGACCUUGUGAAUCUGAUGGUGGAUAAACUUGGUCAUCAGUCUGUGGAGGCGACCAUGGAGGUUUCAACAGACAUGAACAGACCUGAUCUGAUGCUGAGGCUGUCAGCGAGCAGCUCAGGACGAAAAACUGAAAGAAGUUCAGAGCUUGAAGGUUGUCAGAGCCUGACGCAGGGCUGCAGUGAUUGGACUAAACUUGAACCUGAGGUGAACAGUACAGAUGCAGACGAGGCUCCAACUUACAGCCUUCAGUCUGCAGCAGGACACUUUGAAUGCAGAGUCUCGGGCUUGCGCUGGGUCUGUAAGGGAAAGACCAGCUUUCAGUACCAGUUUAGAUCUUGGGAGGGACACAUGGAGAGGAUGGAGAGCAGACAAUACAUGCCUGCAGGUCCUCUGAUGGACGUCACAGUCACUGCUGGGAAGUUAAAUGAAGUUCACCUGCCACACUGGAUCUGCAUCGAUGACAUCCCUGACAUAUUGGACACGUUUGCAGUCCUUCACAUAGAUGACUGUGGAGAUGUUGUGGAAAAAGUGUCUGAGGUCACACCAACACAUGUCAAGUUAACUGAACCGAUUUUCUCUCCGAGAGCGGUCCUGAUGAAACUCGGCAUUCCUGUGAAAAUCGGCUGCAACGUGUUGAUCUAUCAGACCAACACAGCUUUCCUCACACUGCAUGUUUAUCUGAUCCCACGUGAUCCUGGGCUACAGCAGGUAAUAAAGCAGAGGGAAGUGCCCCAUGGAUACAGAGCUAUCCUGAAGCCAGAUCCAGAGAAGUCCUUGAAAAUUCUUGAUCGUUUCACACUAACAGCAGAUGUGGAUGGUGCAGAAAUCUGUCCUGAAGAUUUAAAGCUCAGAUAUCCAAGUGGAAAGCCAAAUUUCUUUGAAGUUUACACUGAAAGUCCAGAUGGAAACUUCCGCCUUAAACUCACAUCAAAAAAAGAUCUUCAGCCAGUAUGGACCUGUACAGUUCGAAAAGCCGAAUACCAAAGCACUGAUCAAGCACAAGCUGCAGGAUCCUCAGUGGGAGCAGCUGCUGUCAGCUCUCAGUCGGCUGGAAAGCAUUUUGUGGACAAACACAGAGUCCAGCUGAUCCAGAGAGUGAGCAACAUCGCACCCAUUUUGGAUGAGCUCCAAGACAAGGGAGUUAUCGACCAAGAACAAUAUGACAAAAUUAGAGCUCUGCCUACCUCUCAGGACAAGAUGAGGGAGCUCUACAGUGGUCCCCUGAAAGCCAGUGCAGCCUGCAAAGACAUCUUCUAUGAAAGCCUUUUGGCAAAUGAGAAAUUUCUCGUUGAAGACCUUUCAAAGAAGUAAAUGUGUUGGGAAAAAAA